AUGAAUUCCUUAUCAUCUGUGAAAAACAUUUUUAAGAACAUUUAUUUUUUUAAAUCAAAUGUGUUGUAUUCUAGAAAAUUAUCUACUGGAACUCAUAAUUAUACUUUACGAGUUGACAUUAAAAAUCCAUCUGAGGCAGAUAAACAAAAUUUUAAGUCGUUAGAUAGAAAAACUCAAAAUUCGCCUGAUGACAAAAUGACCAAUGAAACAAUGAAAAAAGAAAUUUAUAAACCAUUUGGAACUGAUGAAUAUAAUUAUACUUUAACUUCUGCACCUUCUUUUAAUGAAAAUUCUUCAAUAAAAUCUAAAAGAAUUUAA